GGGAAGAUCCCUGCCUCCCCAAUAGGCGGCGUCCCCCCUCCUAGCCAGGCGGGGGAAGAAGGCCACGGUUAUCGAUCCUGCUGCUGGUUAGAGGGAGGAGGAAGCGACACCAGAGAAAAUGGCGGCCGUGGCUGCGACUGCGGCGGUGCCGGGUGAUGGGGGAGCUGGCGAGGUCGAGCCCAUGCCAGGCAGCGAAGCCGGCGCAGACGCGCUCCCUGCCGGCACGCAGGCUGCCGUGGAGUCGGCGGUGCUCGACGCCAGGGAGGAUCCCGAGCCAGCUCCGGGCGGAGAGGCUCAACAGCCGCCGUCGCCGCCCAAGAGCCCAGCGGGGACCCGAGACCUGCCGCAGGCCCAGCCCAACCCGGGCCCCGUGGGCGAGCUUCUUCAGCCUCGCUCGCUCACGGCGACCCUCUCCGGCCAUUCUGAAAAGGAGGAGGCAGACGAGCAGCCCCCGCAGCCCGCCUUGCCGCUGGUACCUCCGCUGCUGCUUGCAGCUGGGGGCCCCGCGGGGCCGGAGCCCGGGGAGGAGCCGCCCCGGCCGGAGGAGGAGGAGCCGGAUGCUGCCGUCGCCGCCGCCGCCAGUACCACCACAAGCGUUGCAAAGCAACCGGAGCUUUCGGUGACUGUGGAGCCGGUGGCUGCCGGUGCAGCGGGGGAGGAGACGCUGUUGCUGCCGGGCUCAGAGGUGCUGGUCACCCUGGAUCACAUCAUUGAGGAUGCGCUGGUGGUGUCGUUCCGAUUCGGGGAGAAGCUUUUCUCCGGGGUCCUCAUGGAUCUCUCCAAAAGGUUUGGACCUCACGGAAUUCCUGUGACUAUAUUUCCCAAACGGGAGUACAAGGAUAAACCUGAUGCCAUGCAGCUCCAAAGUAAAUCAUUCCAAGAUGAGACGCAAGUGAAACGUGAAGCUAACGGUGUUGUCACAGACUCUUCUCCCAUCCAGCCAUCAGAACAUAGCCUGGUUAAAAGCCUAUGGACUUCCAAACCGCCUCCCCUUUUCCAUGUGGGGGCUCCAUACCCUCCUCCUUUGUUUAUCAGGGACACAUAUAACCAAUCAAUACCUCAACCUCCACCUCGAAAAAUUAAGCGGCCCAAGCGAAAAUUGUACAGGGAGGAACCCACUUCUAUUAUGAAUGCUAUCAAAUUGCGACCCAGACAGGUCUUAUGUGACAAAUGUAAGAACAGUGUUGUUGCAGAAAAGAAAGAAAUUAAGAAGGGCAGCAAUGCAAGUGACUCCUCAAGGUGUGAGGAUACUAGGAAACGAAGAAAUGAGAGCGUAACUACUGUGAAUAAAAAAAUUAAAACUGAUCAUAAAGUUGAUGGGAAAAGUCAGAGUGAAAGCCAGAAAAAGAAUUCUGUGGUCAAAGUUGCAAAUAUUGUCCACAACAGAAGCAGAGUAGUCAAAGUUCCCACUCAAGCAAAUACAUCAAAAAACCAACUGAAUACUAAAAAAGUUCUUCAGAGCAAAAACAUGGAUCAUGCAAAAGCUAGGGAAGUUUUGAAAAUAGCCAAAGAAAAGGCACAAAAGAAACAGAGUGCAACUUCAGCUUCCAAAAAUGCACAUUCAAAGGUCCACUUCACGCGGCGUCUUCAGAACACCAGCUCAGGUUCUCUGCCUCCCCGAUUGCGUCUGAAGCCACAAAGGUACCGAAAUGAAGAAAAUGACUCCUCUCUCAAGACAGGGCUGGAGAAAUUGCAGAGUGGCAAGAUGGCAGCUAAGCCCCAGUCUCGCUGCUCGUCUACCCGCUCAGCAGGUGAGGCCCCUUCAGAAAAUCAGAGCCCCUCAGAAGGUCCUGAAGAGGCCAGCAGUGAGGUUCAGGACACAAAUGAAGUGCAUAUACCUGUUGAUCAGGAUGAACAGCAGACCAUGGGCAAGAGAGGCAGCAAAAGCAAUAUUACAGUUUACAUGACCCUUAAUAAAAAGAAACCUGACUCUUCCAGUGCAUCAGUCUGUAGUAGUGAUAGCACAGAUGACUUGAAGUCCUCCAAUUCUGAGUGUAGCACUACUGAAAGCUUUGAUUUUCCUCCAGGCAGUAUGCAUGCACCUUCUUCCUCUUCCUCCUCCUCCUCCUCUUUAAAGGAAGAGAAAAAGCUCAGUAAUUCUUUGAAAAUGAAAGUCUUUUCAAAAAAUGUCUCUAAAUGUGUCACACCAGAUGGCAGGACCAUAUGUGUAGGAGACAUUGUUUGGGCCAAGAUAUAUGGCUUCCCAUGGUGGCCAGCCCGUAUUCUUACUAUAACUGUGAGCCGAAAAGAUAAUGGCCUAUUAGUCCGACAGGAAGCUCGUAUUUCAUGGUUUGGGUCCCCAACAACAUCUUUUCUUGCUCUUUCACAGCUCUCCCCUUUUUUAGAAAACUUUCAGUCGCGAUUUAAUAAGAAGAGAAAAGGUCUUUACCGCAAGGCCAUUACAGAAGCAGCCAAGGCUGCUAAGCAGCUAACUCCUGAAGUUCGGGCCCUGCUGACACAGUUCGAAACAUGAACAAAGUAAGCUCAGAGACAUUAAUCAUCUGCUGUACUUAUGGAACUUUCUUGCACUGGCAUGAAGUCUGUCAGCUAACCAGAAAUUGCAUACACCUGAUAUGCCACUUUCCUCUGCAAUCCAGAAUAUGGUGUAUGCUGACAUACUUCUUUAAAAAACAAAUUGUGCCCCAUUUCCAGGAAAUCUGUAUGUGUUGUAUUUCAGAACUAAAAUGUUGAUAUUUUAUAAACUAUUUUUGCAAUAAACGAAGGCAUGAACCAAGUAGCCUAUUCAACAUAUAAGGAGCAGCUUGAAGUAUGAGGAUAAAGGAUCACGAAGUGUAAUGUUACUCUUCAAAUACAGUUGUCUGAAUGGGCAUCGGUAACUGACCGAGACACCUGGAAUGUUGGCUGUAAAAUUCUGAACAUUUACUUUUGUUCUUAGUAUGUGUUACAUUUUACAUCUUGACAAACAUUAGUCUUUAGUGCAAGUGUUAGCAGAGCUGUAAUCCUUCAACUGUGUUAAUAAGUGCUGACAGAUGUGUUCUGAGACUUAAGGUUUUCCAUAAAGAGAGCAACAAGGGGCAAAAAUAAACAACUCUACCUUGAGUAAUUGUGGCAAAGACCAUCCCUUUUGGAAAUAGUUUGAUGGCUAGAACAGAGGCUCAUUUUUAAAAUGAGCAGUGAAAGAGACUGUAUCACAAGGUACAGAUCUUGUAUUUGCUUGUGUCCGCCCAGCAGUUUCUGCCACAAACAGGUACUGUUAAGAUGGAAUAGUAAUUGGUAUCCAAAGUCAUGACAUUUCUUUUUAUAGCACAGUGAUGUAUUGCACAUUAAGUUAGUCAUAACUAACAUGUUCCACUGAGACUUCCUUGGCAUUUUAAGUUUAGCUGGUUUACACAGGAAAGUUUCUUAUCCCAGGAAGCCUCUAAUCUUUUCUCAACAGGACUUGAGUCUUUAACAGCAAUGUGGUUUCACAUUUCAAUGAGAAUAAGUUAUGCCAAAUUUUCACUGGAUUACACUGAAAGCCUAAAAGAAUUACUUGUUCAGUAUUUUUAAACUGCUUCUCAUUUUGAAAGUAUGCAAAUCCUUGUGUCGGCAGCAAAAUCCAGCAGUUAACUUGACAAAGUGAUGUCAAAAAAAUGCACAAUAUAUAGAUUGAUAUAAUUAACAGCUUUCAUGUGAAUACAAGGAUGCCUUCUAAUAUAUAGAUUUCAGUCUUUAGGAUAUUAAAAUACAUUAAACUAAUUUUUUCCCUAAAAUUAUAUAUUCCAGCAAAUACAGCAAAUUUUCCAAGUUGCAAUCAUAACUUUUCCUCUUUAUUUUAUUUAGUAACAGAUUUAUAUUUUAAAUAGCAUUUGAAACAAGGGGAAGAUGUUUAUUACAAGUCUAUAUUGAAAGAUUUAAUAAUUAUCUAUAAAAACAUUUUUUAAAAGUAUUUAUAGAUUCCAGAGCACCUACUUUUAAAAAGUCCUGCGUAAUAAUGACUAAUAGUAAUUUCAAUUGUGCCCACUUUCAUAAGAAAUUUGGUGACUUUUAAAGGUUCUGCAGUACUCUUUUCACUGAUGUUAAAGCAAAAGAGAAAUGGUAUAAGCUUUUUUUUUUAUAAUUUUUCAUUCAAAAAAGGUUAUUAGAAAAGGCUGAAAGAAACUUUAAUGAUAUAAUGCAGUGUUAUCUAUUCUGGAGGAAAAAUGCUUUUUAAAAAGCAUCUUAAUUUAAAAUGAUGUGUUUUUGCUUGAAAAAUGCAUAAAGCUUGAGGGAGUCACCAUGGCACAAAGUGAUAAGUUUCUACUCAGGAAAAUGGUAUCAAUCUAUACAAACGAGGGUACAUAUAUUGAUUAUGGGCGGAGCCAAUAGUGCCUGCAUAGACAACAUCCCACUGUUAGCCAGAGCUGUUUUUAUUUUUCUUCACACACACACCAAUUCUGCCUAUUUUACCGCAAUUCAAUGAUGUGGAGAAGAAGGGGGCUAAGUUUGGAAUAGAGAUGACUAUUUGUAUUGCUCAUGAAGAAUUGAACUGCAACCACGUUGGUUUUCAUUUUGAGAUUAUGCUGUCAGGGAAAUUUUUAGUGGUAGAAGUAAUCUAUUGCUUUUCACUUUUUUCUUUAGUUGCUUAAUAUUUAAGCUUUGCUUCAUGUUACCUUUUAUGUCUGUAUAUUAUGUCACUGCGCCUCGUUUAUUUGGUAGACUUGAAUAAGGAAAAAUAUUAAACUUUUACAGUUUUGCCUGAAGUUAAAUAUUCAAGAAUUAUUGUGUACCAUGUUUUGAACUAAAAUGUUGAUUUGUUUUCUCUGCACUUUUAAAAAGUUAUCAGAAGCAAUGUUGCUGUCUCUUCAUCUGUUGGUUCUUUGACAGUAAAAGAUUAAUGAAAGUUGUAAUAUUAAGCAGAACUAGCUAACAGCAAUUCCAACAGAAGACAGUUGCUUUCUGAGCAAUGUAGAUUACACCACUUCUAGAGUUUAUAAUUUUACAGAACAGGUAAGGGGGAGGGAGUAUCUUUCUGCAGCAGGAGAAUACAACAUGUCUCCUUACUUUUAAAUAGAUGGUGUUAUUUUCCUCAUUAUUCUCCAGUCUAGUUGGCUUAUAGUUGUAAUUUAAUUUGUCUCGGUGAUAAGCGGGUAAGCCAUUUAAUGGGCUAGAUAUCUUGAAAACUUUGGUGAAACACUGUAGAUUGCUUUUGAGUGCUGCCCAAUACCAAUCUCACUGAGAGUCCAGGUGGUCCCCUAUUGCCAAGCUGUGGGAAAUUAUUCAAGUUCACCCCCAAUAAUCCACCUGGAUCGAUAAAGCAUAUGGGACAGGCCAUAUGAAUAUGCUUCUUCACCCCACAGAGAUCACGGAUAGCAAUAUUAUCUUGGCCAGGAAGUGAUCUGAUCAGGGCAAAUAACUAAAUGUUAUAUUCUCCAUAUGCAGAUCACUAAGCAACUGUUCUGAAGUUUUGUCUUAAUAUGUUGGGACUGACAUCACAAGACACAAAGUGAUGGUUGCUUGGAGGUCAUGUAUUCCCAAAUCUGUCCAGACCCAACACUCAAGACAUGGUAACUGAAACUGCCCAGUAUCAAUAAGCCAAAUGAUUCCAAUGCCAAUAAUAUCAGGUCCAGAAACCAUUGAAAGAUCAUGCUGAUCAGCCAGCAGGAUCUUUAACUUGUUCUUACAGCUCAGUGUAAUAAAUUGGCACUUACAUUUGCUCACUGUAUUUUUGUAGCUCAGUGGCACUGCUCCCUUCCUGACACUAGUUGAUGAACAACAUGAAACACAAUAGAAUGAAUCUCCAAGAGAACAACAUUGGUGCCCUUGCUCAGAGAGGUCCCAGUAAGAUACAUGAGGUCUACCUGUUCUUCUUCCAUCAAGCUAUAGAUAAGCACAGACUCAUUACAGUUACCAUCAACAUUCCCACUGCCAAAAGCCCGGUGAGGGGCUACUGUGCCAGAAAUGAGAUUACCAGCAAUCUCUUUCCCUUAGAACAGCAAACCUAGCAUCCUGCAUCAUAUCUUCCCCAUUCUGUCACUAGCAGGAUCAUGUUACUCUCUCCACUUAACUUCUAUUCCCUCAGUCCAAGGCCACCAACUAAUUUCAAUCAUCCCACUCAAACAAUCCAUCAAUCACACGUGGAGAUCAGUAAUCUAGUGCCACCACUUAUACUGUGCCCAAUUCACUACUUUUUGUUCACCAUCUCGCAUCUCUUUGGAAUCUCUAAAUUCCAGAUUACCAUCCCACUACUACUUCAAGAGAAUCCUGCUUCCUCCUGCUACCUCACUCAGGUAAAUAACCUAUCCAUUCACACCCAGUGAAUUCCCCUAUCUGUAUACAAAGACAGCACACUUAGGUUAAAAAUAUGAUGUAGGUAAAAAUCAGGCAUCAUCUUAAGUAUCAAAGAGAUUCAGUCUUUUAAGGGUUCAUCCAAAAAUGUUCAACACCAUGGCCAGACAAUAUAUCUCUCCUUGUAGUGAGUCCCAAACUUCGAAGACAGUAUUCUCUGUUGUGACUUUCAGGCACACCCAGAGAAAUAAUAGGGAUUUCCACUUCCAACUCCACCAUCUUCUAACUGGCAAAUAGUAGCACAUACUAAUAUGCUGUUGAUGUUCUCGGUCUCUUCUACUUUAUUGCUAAUACUAGACUGUUGAACAAGUCUUAAAUUCCCUUUCCAAUUGCCAAUUCAUCAAAACAUCCUAUAUCUUCAACCACUAGUAAUUGCAAGUCUGCUGGUAAUGAGCCUUCAGGUACUUCCCAGGUCCAGUCCUGUUUUUGCCUCUCCUAUGAGCAGAACUUAAAAAGAUAAAUGUAUGAUGGCUACCAUAUCACACAUCUCUUAAGCCAUACCAACAUCUCUUCUGUAUAGUUUCACACUGGGCAGUCAAAUAAUCGCCUUUCCAGUCUCCACUCUAACCUGAAGCAGGUUAAUUGAAAAUGUUUGCACAUUCCAACAUAGCCAAUAGAUCUCAGUGAUAGGGAAAUAUCACUAUAGGUAUAAAACAGCUUCCAGUUAUAAUCUCUUGGUCAUAUUUCAUUAUUUUUCUUUCUUUCUUUCAACAACCCUGUAAUUCCUUGCAUCGUGGUAGAGUUGGGGCGACUGAACAGUGCUCCAUUUACUGCCCUGCUGCUCUUCCUGAUGCCUAUGCAGAUUACUCAUUGCAUCCAGAGAGAGUAAGAUCUGCCGCUACGUAGGAUGGAAGCCUCCUGAUUGUGAGGUGAGAGCUCCAUCUCUAGGCCACCGGUGCUGCUCUCGGUCAUAUUUCAUUCAUUGGCCUAUCCUAAUUUGUUCAGCUCGUUCCAAACUCUCCUAGCACUAUCUUAACUAUUUUCUUUCAACCAUAUAAACAGAGAAUGCAGCAACUGGCAAAGUCUCUUUUUAAAACUCCUCCUUCCCUAUACUUCUGUAGCAGCUAAUAGUCUUUCUGUACAAAAUCUUGGCAUUCCCCCCCCCCCUUUCUUCCUUGCAGUUUCAAGCUGAAAAUAAUUCUUAAGUCUCUUGGUAUGCACUUCAAAUUGAGAUCUCACAGAUGUUCCACUUUCAAAGUCUGGAGACACUUAAAGGUGUUUGUCCUGCUCAAUUAUCCAGCUUCUUUUCAAAUUCAAUUAUUUCACUAACUAUGGACAAUAAUUUCUAGGAAUCUUGGUAUUUCAUUUAACCUCUUCAUUCUUCCACUCACAAAAUGUUUCCUGUCAGUGGCUGUCAUAUAAUCCCACAGCAUAUAGAGACACCCUGUGCUUACCAUUCAGAAAUGUUUCUUUUUCUCCAAAUGUUUCGCCUCUUUUUUCUCUUUGUGAUUGUGGUUAAAAAGUUCAGUUUUUGUUUCAUUGGCCCAAAAUACUUUUUCCAGAAUGUUUCAGGUUUAUCAAGGAUUUCUAGAUAAUUAUUUUUGAGAUGAUGUUAAAGAAAAGGCUUUUUUUUUUUGCCAGCCCUCCCAUGCAAAUCACUAUUGGCAUAAACAACUCUAUUUGUGAACCAUGAAGUACUUAUUAGAAACAAAGAUUAGCAUUUUAGAAUGGCCUACAAUUCUUGGGCUUGAGUACUAUUAAAAAUCUGUGGGGAGAUCUCAAAUAAACAGCGUGUGGAAGAAGACACAAUAAUUUUUUCAACUAAAGUGUUCUGCAUGGAAGAAGAAGAAAAAUUCCAAAAGCAAAAACAGACCCAGUUAGCUACAGGAAAUAUUUGGAAGCUGUUAUUCUUGCCAAAGAUGUUACAAAAUACUAACAUAAAGGAUAUAUAAAUGUUUCAUGUGCCAUUUUUUACUGCUUUCUUACUCCGAAUAUAUUAGAAUUGCAUAUAAACAGUAAGUAUGUAUUCAAAUUUGCAAAAAGAUGUUUUAACCAUGUAGAAUUAUCAGCUGCACUCAAGGGUUCAAUUGUUGUUUGCAAGUCUAUACUGCAUGAUAGAUUCUUAAAUCCGAAAGAAACAAUGUGGCUAUGAACUGACAAACUGCAGGGACUUAUAUAGGAAGAACUCAGAAAUAAAUGCAUCCUAUUUUCUUUUUCUUUUAUCAAAACAUUCUAUCUUGAGGUUUUAUUGAAAUGAAGGCUGUGUACUAAUAAUAUUAGUUUGAAUACUAUUGGUGAAUAAUGGUGUUUGGUACAAAUUAUACAAUUGCAUUCUAUUGCUUAAAGAUGAAGCCAAAUGUAAUAAAAGCAUGUUUAAACAUC